CCAUUUCUCCGUGCCCGCGGUGCCGGUUCUUUUCGCGUGCAUUGUUUUCUUUUCCAUUUUCAAGUUCUGUCGGUUCUGCGUCUAAAUAAGAGCUAUAAUCGCUUCGGAAGUGAGAUUUUUUGUAUAUUUUUUCCACCUUUUGCGCUCAUCUCGAUCACACGCGAUUAGGAUCAUGAUCUGUGUUUCGAGUAGUUUUUGUUUCUCUCGACAUCAAUUGUUUAAUUACGUGACGGAUGUGAACUUUCGGUGCUACAGCGUCUUCAGUGGUGUUGUUAUUAUUGCUACUAUCAUAGCAUCGUUGGGGAUCGUGUGUGGGUGAAUGAUUCAUCAGAGGAAUUCCUUUAUCAUUUUCACGACUUUUAUUCGUGUGAUUGCGUGACGAUAUGGAAGAGUGAUGGAAUGUGCCUAAUGUUUUCCAGUGUGUGAUAGUGAAGAAAAGUUCAUUGAAUCCAAAGAAAUAUAUACCUGCGGGUUGGAAAGAAGAUCCAUUCAUAGCCACAUUAGGGCUACUGACUGGCCUGGUUGAUGUGCAGUGUAAACGAUUUGGGCAUUUUCCCAUUAUUGUGAUACUGUUAUGCCUUGGAAAAUAAUACCAGCAGAAUCGUAGAAAAUUACCGAAAAUCAAGUGUGACGAAAGUUUGUUCUUUCUCUGCUGAGUGUGUGAAAGGAAAUAAUAAGAAAAUCUGCAAGACGUGCUUACAUUGUAGUGGUAUCCGGAGAAAAUCGAUCACAACCCCUGGAAUAAGUUCGCGGAUGCCGAGCGGAGAUUGAUCAGCUUUUUGUGGAUUCUAACCAUCGAUCUAACCAACAGACCAACAGUGCACCGGCCGGGGAAAUCAAAAUCGAAAACAAAUUAGGUGUGACAAAAGACUGGUGAAAGAACUUGAAAACACCUUCGUAAUGCCUCGAUCUGCGAGAAGUAAGUGGAAUAACGCCCUUACAGCCAACAACAACAUCAUCGACAUCAACAAUAAUAGCAAUGUCAGCUGUCGGGCGUGAGAGAGCGAAUCACAUCGGAACUUGGAACAACCGGCAGAAGUGGCAGCAUCAGCGGCAACGAAAACUGUGAAAUGUGACAAAUUGCUUCAUCUGUGGCUCUGAAAUAAGUGCACAUUUCGUCUCGUCAUAGAUUACUUAUCCCAGUUGAUCGCAGUUCAUAUUUCAUGAAGCUUCACCAUCACCAAAGAAACAGCAAUGUUCGACGAUAUAAAAAUGUGCCUCCUGGAUCUGAUCAAGGUGAGCCCCAAGUCGAAAAAGUCCCUCAAAGACAUGUCGGCUGGCUACUCGGCGGAUUUUAUGAAAAAGUACAACGACGUCAACAUAAUUCACUUCAACGAGAACAUGUCGAUGGUCAACAAGCUAGACAAUGUUCGGUUCUCACCGUCGAACUAUACCAACCUGUUCAAGACGAACCCACUGCUGGAGGGCAAACGGAGCAAAUCGUUCCGUGAUUGGGGCGUGGAAAGUGCUAGUUUUGAAUUUUCCUCGGAUGAUCGCGACACGCUGACGAUGACGAGCUGCUCGCACUACUCCGGCGACGGUGAUCAUUACCACCUGUUGAAGUCUAUUUCGCAGCACAGCAAUGAUGAACACUGCCGACGACUGUUGGGCGAAGGCGGAUCGGCUGAGGAGGACGAUGAAGACGAUGACGAUGGAAUUAUCAUGAACCACUACAGCUUGGAAGAGUGCUUUGCCGGUGGGCUGGUAUCGCAGUUGGAUUCAUUUUGUACGCUUUGUACCUCUUCGUUCAGUUUUAGCAACUGCAAUAACUGCGAGAAAUCUGGCUGCGGCUCGAAGUGUAGCGGCGAUGGCAGUACGGUAGGCGAAAUUGACACUGGCUGCGUGUGUUUGCCAAAGCAUGGGGUGACAGUGGGGUGCUCCGGGUAUAACGAGUCCAGAUACCUGUCACAUCUGGACUCGUCCCAUGCACAGAUGAUGCCACCGAUGGAACGGCCGGCGGGUGGAGCCCUGGCGCUCCACUACGCGGCCGCCCGUGGUUGCCUCGACUGUGUGCGACUUCUGGUGGAAGCGGCGCCCGACAUCAGCGCCAACACCCAGAUGGACAACGACGUAACUCCGGUCUACUUAGCGGCUCAGGAAGGACAUCUUGAGGUGCUGAAAUUUCUAGUCCUGGAAGCCGGUGGAUCACUGUAUGUUCGUGCCCGCGAUGGCAUGGCUCCGAUCCAUGCGGCCUCCCAGAUGGGAUGUCUGGACUGUUUGAAAUGGAUGGUUGAAGAUCAAGGUGUCGAUCCAAAUUUACGUGACGGCGAUGGUGCUACUCCACUUCACUUUGCUGCCUCCCGCGGGCAUCUGACCGCAGUUCGGUGGCUUCUGAGCCACGGAGCCAAACUGUCUCUGGACAAGUACGGUAAAAGUCCAAUCAAUGACGCUGCAGAGAAUCAACAGGUCGAGUGCUUGAAUGCUUUGGUACAGCACGGAAACCGUGAACCUGACUACGUCGAAUCGAAACAACUUAAACAAUCCCAACGACAUUCGGAUGUUUACGGAUCGCAACAACAGCUAGCGGUUACGCCUCAGCAGCAGAAACGGAUAUCGAAGAAGCACUCAAGUAGCCACCAUCACUACAAUAAGAACAAAUCGUCAUCAAACCAUAAUACGAUGAUGUCCAAGUCGUCCUCGGGUAGUUCAGACUCGGAACCAUUCUACCUACAUCCGCCAACGAUUAGGCAAACCAAGGACGGUUUGUACACUCGUCAGUCUCCGGACAGUUACUAUGGAACAGUGCCACCGAAUGACGGCGUCUAUAUCAAUCCGAUGCGACACGGCUCGACCACGCCUCCGAGCCCCAGUGGUAGCGUGUCGGGUGAAUCCUUCUUCCUGCACGAUCCACAGGAGGUGAUCUACAAUCGGGUGAAGGACUUGUUCGAUUCCGACCUCAGCAGCACCAAGGACGAACGGAACGUCAACUCCAGAGCAAUGACAGUUCAAGUCGAAGUCCACUCCAGCAGCAGUGGGGCAGCAAGUGGUUCAGAUGAAGACCUAUCCGUGUCUUCUUCCAAUUCCGGUGUCGAACGAAAGCCUCCCGAACUAAAACGAUCCAACUCCAAAUCCACGCAUGACCACGACUACGAGGACAUCUAUCUGGUCCGAGAGGAGGCUCGCUAUGGAACAAAGACGCGAGCUGGUGCUGGCCGAAGCCGAUCUCGGGACAGCGGUUCACACAGUCGAUCGGCCAGUGCAAGCUCAAACCGUAGCAACGACAUCAUCAUGCAGCUUACUAAUCAGACCGUAAGCAACAAGGAACAAAUGUUAAUCAACAAACGAAACAAUCUGUACGAACAGCAGACCAAACAUCGAUACGAUGUUCCGAAGAACUACAAAACGACGAACCUUAGCAAAGCUAACAAAAAUGCCAGCCAUCAUCAGUCGAACCACGAGUUAAGCCUAGCAUCAUCGCGAAAUGAUAACGCUUACGAAAGUGUUUGCUCACCAGAAGAUACACACGAGCGAACGAAACUUGCUCAGCGCCACUCUCUCCCGAAUGGAGGCGCUGUGGUGAAUGGUAACGGUAAGGCCAAUGCCAUCGGCGGUAAGCAGGUGAAGCGUAGUGGGUCGAUGAAAGGAAACGAAAAUAAAGAAAUGGGACCCCCACCGCCACCGUUGCCACCACCGUUGAAGGCACCGUCGGCGUCUUCGUCGUCGUCGUCGUCGUCGUCGUCCCAGCCGACUCACUACGGGCCCGGCAGUCAGACCAAGUCCGGCUCGAUGACGAACGGUAAUAAUUUCUAUCUCCACAAGCAUAUGAACAACGGCGGCGUCGGUUCGCAACAAAACGCGAUGAUUUUCAACACCACGGGUGCCUCCAAUGGCACCUCGGGUCAACAGCAGAACGCCCAGCAUGACUACUACAAUCAAGUACCGCAGCAGCAGCAAAUGCAGCAGAACGGCGAAGGUCCUGAUUCUGACUCCGGUCUAGAAGUGGUCGAGGAGGCCACCCUGAAGCCAUCGGAUCUAAUCCGUGGAAACCACAAUCGAAGCAUGUCCAUCAUUUCAGCGAACAAGAAAGCCAAACUCAUCACUGGCAGCAAUGGCAACAGCAGUAACGGAAACGGCAGCACCCUCGCGAGUCCGACCAGCGUCUCAGCCAAGGCAGUAGUCGACGAUCAGUACUACGGCCAGCAACAGCUCUAUCAGUCGCGCUCGAACUCCGCUCUGUCGUCGUCCAGUCACGGUCCGAAUCUGGUGAAUAAACAACUCGUACUGCCAUUCGUUCCGCCGGCCUUCCCGAACGGAUCCACUGACAAUUCCAACCACCUGAUCAAACCGUCCGAAUAUCUCAAGAGCAUCAGCGAUAAAAAGUCCAAUGCCGGUUCCCAGAGAUCUUCCGACACCGAAGACUAUAUGCCAUUGAACGCAACCAUCACGGUACAGUCGGGACCGGAACCGCCAAAGCCACCUCCACCUCCACCCGCGCCGCCGAUGCUUUUCCCACUCAACGGCGGCACUAUCAACAAAAAUAAUUCCAACACCAAUAAAGACGGCAGUCAGACCGGAACGAACAAAAGCAGCAACGGCAGCAUUCCACCGCCACCCCCACCGCAGGGGACGAUACGAAAGCAACAACAGCCACUGUCGGCUAUUUCGAUUCAAGACUUGAACAGUGUGCAGCUUCGACGAACAGACAAAAUGCUGUCCAAGACGUUUUCGGCACCCACACGCAGCAUGAGCAUGCAGUGUCUUUCGUCAACCAAUGAACAGUUCCUCUCGCAAAAGACAGACCUAAUUGCCGAACUGAAGAUGUCGAAAGAUAUCGCCGGUGUGAAAAAGAUGAAAGUCGAACGAGCCAAGAUGGAGGACAAACAGGCCACGGAGGUAUAUUCCGAAGUUGCACGACAAUUCACCGCCGCAAAUUACGUGGACCAGUUAUUACAGGUACCGGACCGUGACCAUCAGGGCAAUCUUAUUCCGGAUUGGAAACGCCAAAUGCUUGCCAAAAAAGCAGCUGAAAAGGCGAAGAAAGACUUUGACGAUAGGCUGGCCCGAGAGGCCGAAGAUCGCCGCCUCUCAGCGAUACCCAAGUGGAAACGUGACCUGAUGGCCCGUAAGGAAGAGGCCGAAAGUAAACUCAAAUCCUCGAUCUACACUCCUCGGGUGGAGGAAAAUCAACGACGCACGGACACGUGGCGCUCACGCAUGUCCCAACGAGCCAUGUCAAUCGAUAACAUAAGCUACACUUCACAACAUGAAGACUCCGUCGGGUCUCGUUUCAACAAAGAGAAUAACCAUAAAAAUCAACAAAACGGAAAUAGUAAUCACCAGAAUGAAAAUAGCAAUGGUCACCAUGCCAAUGGAAACAAUAACCAUAGCAACAAUAGCAGCAGCACUAACAUCAACGGAAGCGGAAGCAAUCAUCACAGCACGCGUAGCUCCAUGGAGAAUAUCAACAACAAAAAUGAUUACUAUCACCAUAGCUCGAACCAAAAUGGUAACGAUGACGACGAUGAGAGUGAACAGAUUAUCCCCUGGCGAGCACAUCUAAGGAAAACCAAUAGUCGCCUUAGCUUGAUUGGCUAAUCUUGACUUCUAAACUUUGCUAACACCUAGUAGUAGCUUGUUGUAUAAAGGUUUAUCAAUACACUAUAAAUACAUAAUAUAUUUUAGCUUAAUACAGUUAAAAAAAAAAAGUUGCGGAUAUCACCUAAUUUUAUCUUUCGAAGACACUAUUUAAUUACUAGAAUACUGCUUAUCAAACAAACCUACAUGAACAGGCGGGCUUAAUAUGUGAACAUAAAUCAAAGAUUUCGUUGCAAUAUUAUUGUAAGGUUACUGUUUAAUCCAAGUAGCGACGAAAGAAAGGAACAAUGAGAAGAUGUUGAUAUACGAAACACUGAAAGUAUAAAAUUGUGAAAUGUAUAACUCCUCGAAAAAAAAAACAAGAAACUGUAAUGUGAUUAUUCUUAUCAAUCUCUUAAACAAAACUAACAAAUUUAGAUCUACUUACUAAGAAAUCAAGAAGAAGAAAAACUGCCAAUGCAAAUUGUCUCGUUAAUAUGUUUCUUUAGUUUCAAUAUUGCUUGUAUAAUCACCCCAAAAAUCUGUUAACAUCUGCAGUCUGAGCGACCAAUAGAUACUAUUUUUGGACAAGCAGGUACACCAUAUUCACGAAUCGAGAUAUCAUUUAGCAGAAAAUUUGUAUUACACACACACACAACCUACGCAAUAUUCAUCGUAUAAAAUUGUAACGGGAAGAAAACGACAUUCCAUUUUAGAGCUGCAUAGGCAUAAAUUUCAUUUUCGUUGAAUAGUUAUAAUAAACGUUUAUCAAAUUA